AUGAUCUUCGGGGGGCUGAUCCUGGAGUCUCACAAUCUACAGCUCACUUCACCUAUUCUUUGGCCUUGGCCAUUGGGGGGCGAUGUGAAUGAUGCUGGGCGCAAGUGGUGGGCAGUCCUUCUCACCUCUACCACUCUCUUCUAUAGCUUUGUGGAUAUUGGAAGCCUUUUGCACAAUUCUGCCUGGAUUGGAGUCGGCCUGACUCUUUUUUGCAUGGUUUGUGUCUAUGGCGGGACCUUUGCCGAAUUCCAAUCUGCAGAGGACUUCCACGACAGUUGCAGGAGCUUGUGGAACAGUGUCACUAAAACAUAUCAGCCGAUAUCACCCGAACACAUGUGCGGCUUUGAGGAGUCCUUCCUGGGAACUUUCUCGGUCUUCUCCUACAUCAUGUAUGCCUUUGCCAUUGUUGUGACUUUGCCAACAUUACGCAGUACCAUGAAGGAAAAACGAUCCUUGACGAUCACUUGCGUGGUGGCCUUCGUGAUUGUGGCCGUGGAGUUCCUGAUCAUCAUGCUCUCCUACUACUGGGUCUUUGGAAAUCUGGGCCCUGAGAACAUCAUCGAUGGCCUCAAAAAGAUGCGUGAUGAGACCCUGGGCUCAGCUCCGCAUGCGCUCGCCGUCGGUUACCCAUCAGAGCAGCCUUCCCUUGGCACUGGGGAUCAUCAGUACAGGGCGAUCAGAGAAACACUGGAAAGUUG